AUGGACGUUCCUUCAUCUGAACAGGCUCGACGCGGCUCUCUAGUCGUUGAUACUAAGCUCGCCAGCGAGGAAGAUGCCGCUGUGCUUGCCAAAAUGGGAUAUAAGCAGGAACUUCGAAGAAAUUUCAGCAUGAUCGAGGUCUUCGGCAUUGCUUUCGCGAUCAUGGGUCUCCUACCCUCGAUUGCCAGUACCCUGGCGUACUCUCUUCCCGCUGGCCCUGUUGGUUUGGUGUGGGGCUGGUUCGUUGCCUCGGCUUUUAUAUUCGUUGUCGGUCUUGCUAUGGGAGACCUGGCAAGUUCGAUGCCGACGAGCGGUGGGCUCUAUUACUGGACCCAUUACUACGCCGCGCCAAAGUGGAAGAACCCAUUGAGCUUCCUCGUUGGUUACAGCAACACCCUCGGGCUCGUGGGAGGGCUCUGCUCGAUUGACUAUGGAUUUGCUCUGCAGUUUCUGUCCGUGAUCGUUAUAUCACGCGAUGGUAACUGGACCCCAAGUAAUGGGGUCAUAUACGCCGUGUUCCUUGCAACGGUCGCUUGCCACGCAGUGAUCGCUUCGACGUUCGCUGGAAUUAUGGGUCGUCUACAAUCGGCGUUCGUCGUAUUGAACUUUGUGCUGAUACUGGCGACCAUCAUCGCACUUCCCAUCGGACAAGAUAAUCGUAACGGUGCUUCUUACAUCUUUACCCAUAGGGAAAACCUCACGACUUGGCCCACAGGCUGGGCUUUCAUGAUUUCUUGGCUGUCACCGAUCUGGACGAUUGGAGGCUUCGAUUCCGCAGUCCACAUCUCCGAAGAAGCUGCCAAUGCCACGAAAGCCGUGCCAUUUGGCAUUCUGUUCUCCAUUGGGUCUUGCUGGCUGUUCGGGUGGAUCUGCUGCAUUGUCAUCGCAGCAUGUAUGUCCCAAGAUAUCGAACAAAUUUUGACGUCCCCAUUUGGUCAACCCAUGGCCCAGAUCUACUACGACGCGCUGGGGAAGAAUGGGGCCUUGGGCUUCAUGUCGUUGUUGAUGAUCACUCAGUUUAUGGUAAAUCAGCCUUCCGAAACCCCCUACACUUUUGCUAAGGACAAUACGCAGAUGGGAAUUUCAAUCUUGGUCGCGGUAUCCCGCCAAUCGUGGGCCUUCUCUCGGGACGGGGCUUUGCCGUUCUCAAAGUUCUUCCGACACAUCUCCCCAAAAUUUGGAUAUAUCCCCGUCCGUACGACCAUUGGAUGUGCGGGCCUGGCAGCGGUCCUGGGAUUACUCUGCCUGAUUGCACCCGCCGCCGCCGCCGCUCUCUUCUCGCUCGCUGUGGCCGGGAACAAUCUCGCUUGGGGAACCCCCAUACUCUGCCGGGUUGUAUGGGGACAGAAGAAGUUCAGCCCUGGACCUAUCUAUACUGGUAAAGCAUCGACUCCUCUCGCAUGGCUAGCGGUUCUCUUCCUUAUCUUUGGCAUACUACUGGCCAUGUUCCCUGUCGGAGGUCCAGAUCCUACUCCAGAGACGAUGAAUUAUACCUGUGUCAUCAACCCCGCUAUCUGGGGAGGCGCACUCUUGUACUAUUACAUCGAUGCAUACAAAUGGUUUAGGGGACCUCAGAUCACCAUUGACCUGAGUCAACUUACAGCUGAGCAGGAAGCGGCAUUGAGGGCCGAGGGCUUGAAAGAAGAAAGUGCAACGGGCCAUGCUGUCGUUGGCGGUGACAGUGCUAGUGCCCGCUCAGGGUCGAAGUAG